AUGAUUGAUUUACUACUUGACUUCCAUUCAGCCCCUCUAGCUGAACAGGUAGCAGAUAAACCCAAGAGGUCUGCUCUGAACCAGCUCACCAGGACCCUCCUGCGUAAAUACGACUGUGGAGUGAGACCUGUUCAGAACUGGACCAGACCCACACUCAUCCACAUAGACCUCAUACUGCAGUCGGUCCUUGAUGUGGAUGGAAAGACCCAGCAAGUAACCACAAGCAUUUGGUACCGGCAGAUCUGGACCGAUGAGUUCCUGGUGUGGGACCCCGAGGAGUUUGACGGGAUCACUGAGAUCUCCCUGUCCUCUGACGCUAUAUGGGUGCCCGAUCUCAUCAUCAGUGAAUUUGUGGAUGUAGGGGAGUCCCCUGCCAUCCCCUAUGUGUAUGUCAACUCGUCCGGGAUGGUGAAGAACAACAAACCCAUCCAGGUGGUGUCUGCAUGUGACCUGGAGCUGUACGCCUUCCCCUUCGAUAAGCAGAACUGCACUCUGACUUUCCGCAGCUGGCUUCACUCAGUGAAUGAGGUGAACCUGACACUGUGGAGGAGUGCGGAGGAGAUCGCAAAUGAUCAGAAGUCGUUUAUGGACGAUGGUGAGUGGGAGCUGUUGUCUGUACCCUCCCGCUACUGGCAUCUCCGCCUGGACGACAGAGACUACGCCCACAUCCAGUUCAACGUGUUGAUCCGCCGGCGCCCCCUGCUGUACGUGGUGAGUCUGCUCAUCCCCAGCAUCUUCCUCAUGGUGGUGGACAUCAUCAGCUUCUAUCUGCCGCCCAACAGUGGCACCCGUAUCACCUUUAAGACCAGCAUCCUCCUGGGCUACACUGUCUUCAGGGUCAACCUGAUGAACGAGAUGCCUGCCACCACCAUCAGAACACCACUCAUAGGUGUGUUCUUUGCGGUCUGCAUGGCGCUGCUUGUGCUGAAUUUAUCCAUCUCCAUCUUUGUGGUGAAGCUCCUCCACCACAACGAGAAGGAGGUCAAGGAGAUGUCAGUGUCCGCCUGCCUCCUCGACAAGUACGGCUCGUCCAGCCAGACCUUCCUCGAAAGCAACUUCACCUCUGUCAAAACGCUGGUCGACGUGGAUCAGUGUGGGGGCUAUGAGUUUGACCUGGCUCCAGAGGAGGACCUACUGUCCCUGAGUGAGCUCCAGGAGAGUGCUCCACAGCUGGAGAGGCUGCUCCAGGAGGUGGUGGCCCUGCGACUUUACCUGCAAGAAGGGGAGAGUGACGAUUCGGCCCAGGCCGACUGGGUGGCCCUCUGCUGCAAGGUGGACAUCCUUCUUUUCCGAGUCUACCUGCUCAUCCUGGUCGUCUACGCCAGCACUCUGCUGUUACUGUGGGCCAGCUGGAGCUCUGCAUGA